AACCCAGUUACCCAGUCCCUUGCCAGAGCUCCUCUGGGCUUUCCAACACCCAAACUCAGGCCCUGGCUCAGAGGUGGGACUGGUCGGGGACACAGCCUGGGAGGAAGCUAGCAGUGAUGUCCAGCAGGACCACGGCUGGGUGCCACGGGCACCCCGGGUGGCCCAGGACAAGAGAGCGGUGGCUGGUGGGGCUCAGAGGGGCCCCUGAACCCCCAGGCUCAGCCUUCUCUGGCCUGGGGUUGUGGCUCUUGCCUGGGCAGGGGCAGGGACCCCAGACACCUGAGGCUGCCGGUGCUCCUGUGUUCUGAUGGGUGUGGGGACUGCCUACCAUCCUGGGGGAAGCACAGGCCAUGGUAGCCCCGGCGCCGGAGGUGGGGCUGGGGACUGAGCAAGGCUCAUGCUGGGGUGGAGUGAGGCACGUGCAGGUGCCUGGACCUUCCAGGCUGGGCAUGCACAUGCGUGCACAUGUGAGCACACACCCACACCUGCACACCCAUGGGCAUGGGCACACAGCCCCAGCCCGGGCUUUGGUAACUCUCAGGCGCUUGUGGUGCCAGGGCCUCAAGCAGGUAGCGGGGUCUGUGUCUGUGGCCGCCGUGGGUGUUCCCCACACCCACAUCUGCCCCAGAAGAGCCACACCCAGCACUUUGCCUGUCACCUGGGAGGUCUGGGAUGAGGGUUAGGGUUUAAUGAGUCUCAGAGGCACACACAGUGACCCCAGGCCAGGCGUUGAGGGCAGGAAGAUCUUGGGGCCUCAGAGAGUCCUCUGUCUUCCAGGGCAGCCCAGGUCCGCAGUGCCCACGGGGCGGGUUGUAUGGGCUACACCUGAGUGCCUGGGGGCAGUCCCUAGGCAGGGAGAGGGUAGCAGAGCCCAAGGCCACACCUGCUUUCCCCUCCAGCCACUCCUGACCCAGGCUGGCAGCUCCGGGGAGAUUUAAACACUGGCCUUGGUGGCUGAGGGAGGAGGUGACGAUGAGGCCGGGACUGCUGGUGCUGGCGCUGGUGCUGGUGCUGGUGCUGGUGCUGGUGCCGGCUUUGGGGUGCCAGGUGCAGGAGGAGCACCCCAGAGAGUCCCACACCCUCAACUGGGGCAAGUUUUCAGGAUUUUGGUACAUUCUGGCCACUGCCACUGAUGCCCAGGGAUUCUUGCCGGCCAGGGACAAGAGGAAGCUGGGGGCGUCCGUGGUGAGGGUGGACAAAGUGGGCCAGCUCCGGGUGCUCUUCGCCUUCAGCCGGAUGAAGGGGUGCCAGUCCCAGGAGGUGAUCCUGAGGAAAGACGGGAAGAAGCCGGUGUUCAGGAACACCUUGAAAGGGGUGAAGGGCUUCCAUGUGCUGUCCACUGACUACAGCUACGGCCUGGUCUACCUUCGCCUGGGGCGCGCAGCCCUGAACUUCAAGAACCUGCUGCUCUUCCAUAGACAGAAUGUUUCCAGCUUCCAGAGUCUGAAGGAAUUCAUGGAUGCGUGUGACAUUUUGGAGCUCUCCAAGGCCGCAGUCAUCCUUCCGAAAGAUGCUUCCUGUGCACACACCAUCCUGCCAUGAGAUCCAGCAUCCUCUGCUCUUUCCUUUCGACUUGUGGUCCUCCUAGACCCCGGAAGCAUUGUUCCAGACGACAGGAGGAGACUACGCUUCUUGAGAGUUGUUUGGUGACUAGGUCGUUGAUGGUGUGAAAUUUAAGUGUCUCUAACCCAAGAGGGAUCCUUUAUGAUCACAGAAAGAUGGGGGGAGGGUAUGCACUGAUGCGGGGGAUGUCAGCCAGGCCCCUUCCCUGGAGUCCUCUGGAGCACACUGCAGGCCGCUGCUGUUCCUUGACUGCCGUGAAACAGACUACAGGCCAGCCCAGCGCACCCUCGCCGUGUGCCUUCCCUCUACCGUCCACGUCACCACUGCCCUCCAUGUUCCUUGACAUCUGCACCUUAUCAGGAAGCCCUUCCAGUGCCCACCAAACACGGAGAAGUCCCCCUGACGUGCCCGGCGGUGUGCUGGUGCCCAUGGCUGCGUUCAGGAGCAAAAUCUGCAGAGUUGAUGCGUGAUCAGGAGGAGUCACCCUCAGCAAUGGGAUCACCUGGAUACUCCAGCAGAGACCCCAGAGGCACAUUAGGGGCGGCCGGGCCCAGCAGCUGCAGGCCUGACUCACUUACCCCUGGGCAGCACGGGGAGAGCUUCCGGGAAGCGGCAUUUGGGCUGACCCGGGAAGGGUGCUGGGCGUCAAUCAGUUUGGGAGGGGCUGGGGGAGCAGGGGCAUAUCCCUAGAACAGGAUCUGACUUCUGAGAAGACAUCAGAGUAGAGAAAAUGGCUUCUCAAGGAGACUGGGGAUGCCAGCGUGAGGAUGGUGGGGCAGUGGGGGAUGGAGAGCCACCCCAAGGAGCAGGAGGGGGCCCACCGGACCACAGCACCUUGAAGGCCGUGGUGGAGGCCGUGGUGAAGGGCUUGGGUCUCAUUCAAGGGGUGAUGAUGGGAGGUCGCCAUGGAUUUUGUCUGAGAGAUAAACCCCAACUGAAUGGACCUUCCGGCCAAGGGGAUCCCAGAGAAACCCUGAACCCCAGUCCUCAGCCAUGCGGGGUAAGAGUCAGACCCCAGCUUUUGGCUGGAGAAGAUAUCACAGAAUGGUUCUGGGCGGUCCGUGGAGAAUUCGCGCAGCUGCACGGUACCUGCUUCUCCUUUCAUGAAUAUUCAUGACUCCUCCUGAAGCUUAUUGAACAUCUACACUUAGCAUCUCCUUCAGCAUGAAUUCCCGUUCCCUCUGCCGCUCCCUCAAAGUGUCUGUUUAGACUUCUGGCCUGAGGCUCUGCUUCUUUGCCUGUCAGAAGGGCUGCCCUACAGGCUGAGACCCCUGUGAGAAAUAAAGCUCUCCUGUGUGCAGAAAA